AUGUAUAUAGUUGCUUGUUGUUUACGACUGCUUUUAUGUGGUGAUGGUGGUAACAUCAGCAGCAGCAACGAUAGUAGAAAUACUGGUGGAGGUCACGGUGACAGUGACAGUGGUGGUCAUGAUAUCAAUGGUGGGGGUAGUGAUAAUGUGGUGGUGACAGUCAAUGAUGGUGGUGGCGGCGACAGCAGUGACGGAAGUAGUAUUAGUGGUGGUGGUGAUAACAAUGUUGAUGAUGUUGGUGACAAUAGUGAUAGUAGCGGUGGUGGUGGUGGUGGUGGCGAUGGCGGUGUUGGUGGUGGCACCAAGUAG